CAAUAAGUUAAAGUGAGACUAAUAUAUACUUGUCUCACUCGAACUUAUUGCACUAGUGCAGCGGUGCAGAGGAAAAGAACAGACCUCAUGUUUUAUCUCGCCGCUCCUACGUUUCUCGACGCACGCCGCCAGCAGUUAUAAAUUUCUCUGGUAUGCUAAAUCCUGUUUCUCUCCUGGUUCUGACCUGUUAAUUUAACGAGUCGAUAAGAAGUUUAGUUUACGGGAUAUUGGAUCCGUUCUUUUAGAUCAGCUGGGUUUGCUGAGACUUCCGUAUUUGCUUUGAACGUAAGCUUCACAGAAAUUGAAGAAAUUCUAGGAUAUCAAAAUGUUGACCACUAUGAGUGGAAAACAAAUACGACAGGCUUAUAUUGACUUUUUCAAAAAUAAAGGACAUGAAUAUGUACACUCAAGCUCGACUAUACCUCAUGAUGAUCCAACUUUGCUCUUUACAAAUGCAGGAAUGAAUCAGUUUAAACCAAUAUUUCUGGGGACAGUUGAUCCUAACAGUGAUAUGGCAAAAUGGGUACGUGUGGUUAAUAGUCAGAAAUGCAUUAGAGCUGGUGGCAAGCAUAAUGAUUUAGAUGAUGUCGGUAAGGAUGUAUAUCAUCAUACAUUUUUUGAAAUGAUGGGAAACUGGUCUUUUGGAGACUAUUUCAAGAAAGAAAUAUGUUCUUGGGCUUGGGAAUUUUUAACUGAAACAUUGAAAUUGCCAGCUGAUAGGUUAUAUGUAACAUAUUUUGGUGGUGAUGAGAAGAAUGGAUUAGCACCUGAUAAUGAAUGCAAGGAAUUAUGGCUUUCUCUUGGUAUACCUGCCUCGCAUGUUCUACCAGGAAAUAUGAAAGAUAAUUUUUGGGAAAUGGGUGAAACUGGACCUUGUGGUCCGUGUAGUGAACUACAUUAUGAUCGCAUUGGUGGUAGAGAAGCAGCUCAUCUUGUAAACAUGGAUGAUCCAGAUGUAUUAGAAAUCUGGAAUCUGGUGUUCAUUCAAUAUAAUAGGGAAGCAGAUGGCAAUCUUAAACCAUUACCUAAAAAGCAUAUAGACUGUGGUCUGGGUCUGGAACGAUUGGUGUCAGUGAUUCAAAAUAAACGCGCUAAUUAUGAUACUGAUUUAUUUAUGCCUUUGUUCGCCGCAAUUGAGAAAGGUACAGGUGCCCCGCCUUAUCAAGGUAAGAUAGGAACCGACGAUGUUAAUAGAGUCGAUAUGGCAUACAGAGUUUUGGCUGAUCAUGCUAGAACUAUCACAAUUGCUCUCGCGGAUGGUGGAAUACCUGAUAACACUGGUAGAGGAUACGUUUUAAGGAGAAUAUUACGGCGUGCUGUGCGUUAUGCGACAGAGAAAUUAAAUGCUAAGCCAGGAUUCUUUGGAUCUCUGGUAAACGUAGUUGUAGAGCUUCUCGGCGAAGUUUUCCCGGAAGUAACGAAAGAUCCACAAAGUAUAAUUGACAUCGUGAAUGAGGAAGAGACCCAGUUCUUGAAAACUCUGUCGCGCGGUCGCAAUUUACUAAACAGAACGAUCGCAAAAUUGGAAUCGAACGAUACUGUGCCAGGUGAUGUUGCGUGGCGCUUAUAUGAUACUUAUGGUUUUCCAAUUGAUCUUACUCAAUUGAUGACCGAGGAAAAAGGAUUAAAAAUUGACAUGGCAGGAUAUGAAGAAUCUAAAAAGCAAGCACAGUUAAUCUCCCAAAAUAAAGUCGGCGGAGUAGACGAUCAAAUUAAUCUGGAUGUCCAUUCUAUCACUGAACUGCAAGAACGAGGCAUAAAGCCUACGGAUGAUUCUCCCAAAUACAAUUACAAGAUAACCAGUACUACUACGUACAAGGAGUAUGAAUUUGCACCGUGCAUCGGUACGGUGAUCGAGCUGAGACGCGCCAAGACUUUCGUUGAUCAAGUAUCUUCCGGCGAAGAAGUUGGCAUUCUGUUAGAUAGGACCAAUUUUUAUGCGGAACAAGGAGGACAGAUAUACGAUGAAGGAUUCUUAGUGAAAGUCGACGAUGAGGCCACAGAGAUACGUAUAAAGAACGUUCAAGUAAGAGCCGGUUAUGUGUUACACAUCGGCACCGUAGGUGAGGGUAUAUUGAAAAAAGGCGAUCAAGUCCAUGCAAAUGUGGAUACCACACGCAGACGGCUCGUAAUGGCCAAUCACAGCGCUACGCACGCUCUGAAUCACGCACUCAGGAAAGUUUUGGGAACCGAAGCCGAUCAGAAAGGAUCAUUAGUUGCACCUGAUAGACUUCGCUUCGACUUCACCAAUAAAGGACCAAUGACGACGGAGCAAGUGAAAAACGCGGAGAAUAUCACGAAUGAUAUGAUCAAAGACAACAAAAAAAUUUACGCCAAGGAAAGUAAUUUGGCUCUAGCAAAAACCAUUCAGGGUUUGCGUGCGAUGUUCGAAGAAACGUAUCCUGACCCAGUGCGUGUUGUUAGCAUGGGUGUGCCGAUUGAAGAACUAGAGAAGAAUCCCUUGAGUCCAGUCGCUACUCAGACCAGUGUAGAAUUUUGCGGUGGCACGCAUUUACAUUAUACCGGACACAUAGGUGACUUCAUAAUAGCCAGCGAGGAAGCUAUUGCUAAAGGUAUUAGACGCAUAGUGGCGCUCACUGGACCAGAAGCAGCCAAGGCUCUUAAAAAGGCAACAUUGCUGCAAAAUCAAUUGACUCAGCUUCAAACGACGAUCGAAGCCGACAAGUGUGGAGCAAAUUCGAAAGAGUACGUUAAGAAAAUAGUAGAACUGACGGAGGACAUAUCGCAUGCCGUCAUUCCCGGAUGGAGGAAGGAUGAGAUGCGUGGCAUGUUGAAGAAAUUGAAGAAGUCUCUCGAUGACAAGGACCGAGCUGCAAAGGCAGCUAUUGCCAAUAUGGUCGUAGAAACUGCACAGUCCAUAAUACAGUCCAAAGUCGGAUGUCAGGUAUUAGUUGAGGUGCUGGAAGCAUACAGCAAUACGAAAGCUUUAGACUCAGCAUUAAAGAAAAUACGAGCUGUAUCGCCGGAAACUAGCGCCUUGCUCAUCAGUGUUGAUCAGGAUGUCAAGAAAAUAUUUGCUCUGAGUUCUGUUCCUAAGUCCGCAGUAUCCAAAGGAUUAAAGGCAAAUGAAUGGAUCCAAGCGAUUGCACCUAUGAUGCAGGGCAAAGGAGGCGGAAAAUCUGAAUCAGCGCAAGCUUCCGGCGCUGAUAUAACAUGUUUAAAUGAAAUAGUGAGCAAGGCCAAUGAAUUUGCCAACCAGAAACUUGGGAUAAUGAACAAUAAGACUGCUAACGAUAUUUUUAAGACUUCUGAAAGUGACGAUCGAUCACUUAACAUGGAAUCUUCAUCAAAAUUGGUACUUUACGCGAACAUCGGCAGUAUUAACUACUAUUUAGCACAAAUAAUCGCGCAAUAUAGUGGCAAAUGUCUGUCUGUAAAGCAAGUUGACAAUGACAAAAUGAAUUCUAACAGAAUGAUGUUAGAGACAGGCGACGUUAUGUUACAUAAUGGCAAUGCUAUUGCAUUCUUUUUGUCAAAUUCGCAGUUACGCUGUGAUGAUGAUUCGUUCGCGUCCAGUCAGGUUCUGCAAUGGAUGAGCUAUUCGCAAAAUCAUGUUUUAUCAGCAGUCACCACCUGGAUAUUACCAACACUCGGAGUAUGUAUGUCAAAAGAUAUGAAAGCAAAUUCGAAGCUUUCUAAAGAGAGCCUUCUGCGCGAUUUGAAAAUAUUGAACAGUAUGUUGCAUACAAGAACGUAUUUGGUAGGAGAGAGAAUCACUCUUGCGGACAUAUCAGUUUUUACCGUGUUGUUACCUCUAUAUGAGCACGUGUUCGAUCUGAAUCAUAGAAAAUCGUACACAAAUUUAAAUAGAUGGUUUUCAACGAUCUUAAAUCAACCACAAGUAAGAUCUGUAAUCAAGAAUUUUGCAUUUUGCAUGAAAGUUGCACGCUAUUAAUACUAUUAUGUUAAGAAUCAAUUGAUCAUUAAUUUAUACACGUUUUUACUAGAAUUCUUUUUAUUGUUUAAGUUCAUUAUUUUCUUCUGAAUUAUUAGUCUUAAAAUUAUCAUAUAAUAUUCUAAUUUCUCUUAAUAACAUAGAAAUGUUGGUGCCCAUUUUGGCAGAGAUAGGUACUAUUGGCAUAUUUAUAUGUUCUUUGAGUAAUUGUAAAUUAACCUGAAAAACGAAUUGUGACUGUUAAUGCGAUGGCAAGUAGAAUAAUAAUAAAAUAAGGAAAUGGAAUGUAAAACUCAUUAAACUUCUAUAAAGAGGAAAAUAUGUAAAAAGAA